AUGUUCGCCGAGGCCUGCUACCUGGGGGCGUACGGGCUUGAAGACCUCAGGGUUCUAAAUGACAGACUGAACGCCAAGGUAGUGGAGCAAGUGAACGACACCCAAGAACUGGUAAUGCUGAAUAACUUCGCACACGAAAGUAAUGAGUAUCAGUUCAAAAAAUGCUUACAAGACAGAAUGUCAGACAUUGCAUCCUGGCGCUGGGUAUUAGAAGACCUAAACAAGCGCUUGUCAGAAGCAGCAGAAGCUCUUCAGUAUGAACACAAUGCUCUUCGUGUGGUCAUCAGCAGACUGAAGAAUGAAAUAGAAGAUCAUUCACGUGAUGCUAGUAAGCCUGGAGUACUGAAACCACUUUCUGAUAGCGUGGAAGAAGCCAUUUUGCAGGAAUUUGAUUUUUUACGCGAAGAAAAGAAGAAAUUCGAAAGAAUGGUACUAGCUCUAGAGACACAGUCUGCAGCGAUUGAGAAGACUAAGAAGAAGAUAGCAGCAGAUCUUAUCCUAAAAGAGCAAGCUCUCUGUGUAGAAGAAGCCUGCGCCAAAAUUACUUCAGGAGUGCCAGCGAAAGCGGAAUGUGGAAGAAGGAAAAAGAAAAAGAGAACAUCACCAAUUACUCGAUGGGAGAAUCGGUGCUUAGCUUUAAAAACUGCUGGUCUUCGUGCACUCAGUAACGCAAUUGUCACUAGACAACAGGUUCGAGGAGCCAGGGUGCACCUUUCUAUCACGGCGCAAGCCUACGCUGCGAGAGUGGAUGCGGCACUCAGGAGACGUCUGAACAGUAACAAAGUUAAACUACAGGAUAUUUACUGGCAGAAGCAGGAGGCUAUGCGAGACUACAAAGCUUUACUAGAUGAAAUGACAACAACGGAACAAAAUCUUUUGGAGACGAUGGAACAAGAGCGUGUAGUUGAAACCAGGCUAGCUGAUCGCACCAAGAGACCUCCAGGGGAACACAUUAGGGAUGAAGUCGAUAGGAAGCUGAGAGAAGAGCUGGCCAGGCUGAGGAACUUCAGCAAACAACUGAGGACUAAUCAUGAAAGAAUUAUGGAAUUACAACACCAUUUAACGGAUAGUAUGACCCGUAUAGACUGUUGUGCGGAGGACAUCCUCUGUGUCGUGCGCUUAGACGAUGAAAGAAUCGUCUCCAGGCUUGGGGAGGGCCCUACAGAAAUUCCCCAACCUCCACCAAACCUGGCUGAAGCUGGCCCCCACAGCCCUAACGCCUCACCUACUCCGGAACAGUCCCCAAGGACACGGCCUGAUUCUUCGCUACAAUCCAUCCAAGAAGAAGACGAAGAUGACUACCCAUUCGAUAGUUAA